AUGCCUCCUCGGCGGGCUCGGGCCCCCUCAAUUGAUAAUACCACUGGGCCGGCGAAGCGAAAGCGAUUGAAAACAGCAAAAGCCCUAGAGACGAAUACAACAACCGGCUCGCCGUCGAGGGUAGUUAUCGUACGUACGAGGGCGAGGGCGAGGGCGCAGGCGUCAGAGCCAGCGAAGACCCCAGUUAAGCCACCUCGACGCCGUCGGGUAGUGGUGAUCCCUUCCCCAGCCCAGAGGGUUGCUCAGUUAGCAGAAACAGAGACAGGAAUAACUCAACAAAACCUCGAAGUUGACGAAGUCGAGGAAACCCAACCGGCAGGCCACUAUGAACACCAAGCUAUUGGGCAGUCAACGCCGGGCCAGCGACUUCAAUAUAACCUCAACCUCGAUGAGGAUCCUUUUGCUGUUACGCCGGCAAGGCCUGGUCGACGGCCUUUACCUGAUACCCCAACUCCUCGACGAACGCAACCACAGUCAAUCAAUUUAACUGUUACGUAUACUCCUCUCUUCUCAGGCGGUCGCUCGCCGCCAAAGCUUCCUGAGACUAUAUACAAGUGGAUAUUUGACGAGGAGAGCGAAGUUGGUCAUAAGUUGAUUAUCCAGUGGUCGAAAAUCGAGAGGGAUUUGGCGAAGCGAAUCGACGCCCGUUUAAGGGCACAAUAUAAUAUCGAGAAGAGCUGGAUUACCACGAAAAUCGCCUGGAGAAGAAUAGGAUUAAAAGCAGUAACUAUUGUAUACCGCGAAGAAUUCGCUGUUGACAGUGGCAACUGGCCGGUUGUUCCAUGGUAUGAUAUUUCGAAGCAAAUUAUCGAGAAUAGUCGCCUUGGUGAGGUUCUUCUCGAUGUUGAACUGGCCUACUCUGUCACUCCUACUGUAGCCGCAGUAGGAGAGCUAGAAGGCGUAGGAUCACCACGAGGGCGACCGUCUCGACUUAGUCAACGUCAGACUGUAACAAAUACGAUGCUUCAAGCGAUUGAAACAGAAGGCGAUCGAAAGAGGAAGUUAUUUCGAGACCUUCUUCGCCAUAAUCAGUGUAACGAUUCAGCAACCUGUCAGAAUACCUCGUCAGCUGAUCCAACAGUUAACUGGUGCUGGGUCAACGCAAGAAAACACUAUAAACUGACCGUAUUUGAUUUCGAGAAGUGGCAAGAAGCUAUUCAGAAGGGCGAGGAAGGCGUAUCAAUAUCAAACCCGCCUGCCCGCCUAAUUGUUGAUCUUGUUCAGCGUGAACAACGCGAUAUGAAAAAGCCCGAUAAAUCAGCAAAUCGAGGAGGCCAAAAUAGCCUAGGUGAAAAGUCUGCUAAUAGAGGGCUUUCAGACACACAAGACCCAGCAAAUACUGCCAAUAAUAAUAGCGCAGUAGUCAACUUCUAUGGCCUACCUCCGCCAGGCGGCCCAACGCAAUAUUGGCCAAAGUUGCCGCCGCCAACGAUGCCGCCCCAAUAUUGGGAUCUUGAGCCUCAAUUUCAACCGCAGUCAGGUGAUUACUCUGCCCGUCGGCAAGUAGAGGCUCCGAUUCGUUCUUCGUCGCCAGUUGUUCCUGAUUCGCCCUCAAAAGCAACACGCUAA